CAUUAAAUGCAAUAAACCAUCGGAAUUUAUGGUAGUUCGGGUUCUGCCAUCGUUGCUAUAUAUUCUUAACACAAACCCUAAAACUUUCGCCGCCGUCUACCUCCGCAGCCAUGGGUCGUAUGCAUAGCCGGGGAAAGGGUAUUUCGUCUUCGGCUUUACCUUAUAAGAGGACUCCUCCGAGCUGGCUCAAAACCUCUUCCCAGGAUGUGGAGGAGAACAUUUGCAAGUUUUCGAAGAAGGGGCUGACGCCCUCACAGAUUGGUGUUAUUCUACGCGAUUCUCACGGUAUUGCUCAGGUAAAGAGUGUGACUGGAAGCAAGAUUCUCAGGAUUCUCAAAGCUCACGGUCUUGCACCGGAGAUUCCUGAAGAUCUGUAUCAUUUGAUAAAGAAGGCCGUUGCCAUCAGGAAGCAUUUGGAAAGGAACCGCAAGGAUAAGGACUCAAAGUUCCGGCUUAUCCUUGUGGAGAGCAGGGUCCAUCGUCUGGCUCGUUACUACAAGAGGACUAAGAAACUUCCACCCGUUUGGAAAUACGAGUCAACAACCGCAAGUACUCUUGUGGCUUAGGAGCAUUUUUGUGUAAUCCAUUCUUGCGUGGAUCAACCAAUCAGCCAUUUUUCUUCUUUUUUUUUCCUGCUCCCUUCAUCUGCCUUUGAAAAUUAAUGGAUAUGACUAUUUAUUAGUUGCGUCUGUUUUAGAGCAUGCUAUUUGCUGCAACUGUAGUCUCAUUUGCAAUUAUAUUUAUUUUUAUGUUGAUUGCUAUGACAUUGCCACUUCUGGUAAUUUGGUUCGCUUUUUUCUUGCCGAACAUAGCAGUUCUGUGCUAAUAGCUGCAAAGUGCAAAGAUUUGCAAUUAGGACGGGCCAAUUGUGUUUUGCCAAUGAAAUGAAGAACCGAACCCUUAUAAACAC